AUGAACAAAAACGGAACAGCUAAAAUGAAUGAUAAUCAAAUUAGAGCAGAAGGUAGAAGGUUAUUUAAACGCUUCUAUAACAUUCCUGAUGGUGUUAAUCCUAAAACUCGUAGAAGCUAUUUAAAUGAAGCAAUAGAUGCAUAUGAAGGGUUUGACAUUUCAUCAGAAAGUGAGAGAUUAGCGAGAAUGUUAAAUGUUAAUAUUGAUUUCUAUUAUUGUGAUCCUCAACCAGAAGACGUGGACAUAAAUAAUGUAGACUUUCCAUUAGUGGAAUCAAUAAUGAUAGAUCCAGAAUUUGAAACAGUAAAUAUUUUAUUAACACAGAGUCCAUGUGGAAAACUUCACGCUGACAGAAUAACAGACGUUGAAGCACUCACCGGCUAUAAAGUUUGUCCAUAUUGUAAAGAAGAAGUUUAUUCUAUCCGUGAUGAUCCAGAAAGGAAAAACCAAAGAAGAUUUUUAAAGCAUUGUGAGAAAUGUAAAGAAAAUAAUGGGAGAUUAAUUCAAGACGUUCAAUUGCAAAAGACCCAGCAACCAUAUGCACCACAUAUUACGAAACAGAAGAUAUAUCAGUGGUUAUUAGCUCACAAUUUGCAGAAAUAUUAUAAACCGACAAGAUAUUAUAUUACUUUUGACUUUGAAACAUUAGAGACUAAAGAAGAAUUACAACUUUCUGAGUGUGCAACUUUGAACGCUUACUUAAAACCAUUCAUGGUAUCAUCAACGGUUAAAUUA